CUUUGAUGCUUUUCUUUGUUAUUUCUAUUGCUGAUUUGUCUGACUUACGGGCCUGCUGUAUAUAUUCCCAUGUCCAUGGGGAUUAAUCAUUGGCUAGAGAAUCAGGAUUCUUGCUGUCAAGCCAUCUGUGUGAAUGAGCUUUUACUCAUUUUCUUGCAGUCAGUCAAUCUGUAAGACUGCCAAUUGCUGAAAUGAGUUUUAUUUCUUGCCGGGUUGUUGUUGGAGUGCUCACAUUUAUCCUGUGGUCAGAUAAUUAAGCUUGGAACGAUAGUAUUUAAAUAUGUGGUUUUCUUUUUCCUGUUCACCAUUUUAGCAUCUGGUCUAUUGAAUAUGUCUUUGUAUGACAGAGCUCUCUGAAAAAUGGGGGUUUUGCUUUGUCAGAGUUGCAAAUUCCUGUCUUGCUUGAGGUUUUAUGUUGCUUUUAUGUAUGCACCUUCCUCCCCAAGGCUUUAAUUUUGAGAGAGCAACAGGGCAGCGUGGAGCUGUCAUAGCCAUCUCAUUUUGCAUAUCCUUUCUUAAGCUUGCAACCACAGAAUUGGUAUCAGUAUUGUGGUUUGCCCUUAUUGCUUUACUUUGCUUUUGCUAUAACUCUCCUACCUGAAAAUGCAAAAGAAGCUGAACUCUGAAGCUGUGCCUGUACAGGCAUCCUACCACCUCCACAAAAGCAAGCUGGGAAAAACAUUACAAUGUAGGGAAGUUGGUGUAGUGAAACUCGGUGUGAGAUCGUAUGGACAGGGCAUGGUGGUGUUUCUUUGCAAAAAUAUGAGUUGAUUUUCAUGCAUUCACUCAAUCUAAUGCAUAGACUACACCGGCACACGCUCUCCAUGACAUACUUGGAAGUCCUAACAGGUACAUGUCCAGAUGAUGUGGCCAGGAUCACUUGUGUGCAGCACAGAUGGCAAGGGAUGCUGUGAUGGCUGUCAGGUCUUGAUCGUGCUGCUGGGGUUCUUCAGACUAGGUUUUGGACAAGUCCAUCAUAUUCUUUGGGAGUCAUCAGCUGGAAUGGGAUGGGCCUUUGCCAUAGAAACUUGCUGGCUUCAGGCUCCAUAAAUCUUGGGCCAAGUUGUUUCCUGGCUUUGUUUUUUUAACUUUUUUAUUGUAUGCUUAUUAGCUUGUCUGAAUGUACGUGUGAAAUAGAUGCCAAGGGUCUGUUGUUCUGUCGGGCCAACAGGCAAAGGAACCAUGUUCGUGAUCUGCUGCAGUCUCGUGACCACCCUCCUGGUGCCUCUUUUGUUGAUGAGUCAUCUACACUGUGCUCUCACCAGUGAGACCUUUUGGCCAUGAAAUAACCAGCACAUUUCUCAAUUUCGCUGCUGGGAAUAGUGUUCUGAAAACAAUGUCCAGGGAAUGGUGGCUGCUCUUUUAACCCUUUGUUCUGCUCUUCCUUCCUGCGUGCGUAUGUACACACACUUGUGCUCCCUUACAGUCAUACUGCAGUCAUGCCAGUCUUAGUAUUUGUCAAAAUUCUUGACAACUGUCAUCUUAAAAAUUAGAAUAGCAAGUAAAUCCUGAAGGAAUAAUUAAAAAAAAAGGAAAAAAGUGCACAUUUUUAUGGCAGACUCUUCAGACUGAAUGUUAGCGGCUGCAGUUUAAGAGGAAGAAUGUAUGUUUGUCAAGGGGAGAAGUUGAAAACCUAACUUUCCCAUGUUUCUAGGGCUGGCUUGCUCAGGAGAAGUUCUGGAAGUUUUUCUGUACUUUGCCUGCAGUGAGAUCCUUCUCAGCCUUCUUAUUCCAGACUUCCCACCUGGUUUAUUUAUUCAGUAGAACUGCAAGUACUGGACGUGUUCUUGUCUCUGGAACUGUUUCUGGAUGGGCAGUCUUACUGCCUCCCUUAAUAAAAACACUCCUGUGUUCUUGAGUAACUUUCUUGCAAGCUGCAGCAUUUUCAAGGCUUUCCAUCUAUAAAUUGCACAUCAGAAAAAAAAUUUGCUUUAUAUACAAGCAGUUUGUCAUAGAGACCAUUGUAUGGAGUAUUAAUAACACAAAUGACAGGCAUGAGGGUUUUUUGGCUGUCUUUUUUCCAUAAUACCAGAAUUUGUCACGUCAGUUGAACUCACUUUUAUAAUAACAUUUAAGUGCUGAAGUCAGCUGUGCAGUUUGUAAGGGGAUAUGAUGUUUUCUCUCUUCCUUUCCCUCUCCCUCCUUUUCCCUCUGUAUUUACAGAUUAUCCUAACAUUUGUCUGCAUGUUGACGAAGGAAUCUGUAGAAAUUUCUCCAGUAGCAUACACACUGCAAGUCCAUCAGGUAGCUUUGGAUGGAAGAGACCCCUCUAGACCCUUGAGAGAAAAAAGGCAGAUGCAGUGUCAACUGGGACAAUAUCUACAUCCCAGAGAGACCCACUGCUGCAUGAGAUGCCAUGCAGGUACCUACAAGGCAAAAGACUGUGAUCGGCCUGACCAGGCACCCGUCUGUCUUCCAUGUGCUAAUGGCACAUUCACAGCUGUGGAUAACACCAUGUCUAAAUGCUUCCAGUGUACACGUUGCCGUACAGAAUUCCAGCAGAUAGUAGAGACUCCCUGCACCCCAAAGCAAGAUACCAUAUGCGGCUGUCGGAAGAACCAAUACCAGAUUGGCCUGGCCGAUCUCUUCCAGUGUAGGAACUGCAGCCCAUGUGUCAAUGGGAUUAUUGCCAGCUGUACAAAGAACAGAGACGCAAUUUGCAGGUGCAAGCCUGGAUUCUUCCUGACAUUUAGUAAUGCUUGCAAGCCUUGCAACAGCUGCAUUGGUGAAGAAUGCUUGCAUUGUCAUAGCCCAGUGACUGCCCCACCGACUUCAACUGCGCUGAAUGGGAGCCUUGUCCUUGGCAUCAUCGUUGCAAUAUUUGGAGUUAUCUUCAUCCUCUAUAUUGUAACAAAAGUAGUGAAGCUCAUCCAGAAAAGGAGGGUAACAUCAUCUUCCUACUCCUGUGUCUCUUUGCCGAGGACAACCAGGGAGCCAGUAUCUGAGGUUGAGGAAAAAAAAGGUGAAAUUUCCAUCCUUCUUCCUGAGUCCCGGAAAGAAACAGAAUUGUUGGUGAACGCGACACCACCACCUGCACCUCUGCCACGAAGCUCACAUGAGUUCCCGGACUGUGUCAGACCUGCCAGGAAGACACAGCUUCCAGACAGCCCUUCUAUUCUCUACACUGUGGUGGAUCAUGUACCGCCAUCUCGGUGGAAAGAGUUUGUGCGGCGUCUGGGGCUGAGUGACCAUGAUCUAGAGCGAAUUGAGAUGGAGCAUCGGUGUCUCAGAGAUGCCCAGUAUGAAAUGCUUAGACUGUGGAAACUGCAGAUGAGCCACGCUGCAACUGUGGAGCACAUCAGCUGUGUUCUCAACCAGAUGGAGCUGAGUGGCUGCAGUGAAGCCAUUCAGGAGGCUUUGCUAAACCAGAGUUCUCCUCAACCUUGCAGCUUCCACAGCCAUCUUAAAUCUAGUUCUACUUCAGUUGCCCUGGCUGAGACUGUUAAAAGAUGAUCCCCCUUUCCUGUCCCCCCCCUUUCCUGUCUUCCUUUUCCCAUACCUCCCUAUCUCUCUAACACUCAGCUGGGUUUGUUGGAAACAGCAGCACAUUGUGCUGGAGGAAGGCUGAGGCUUGCUUCUCAGCCACCACAUAUUCACCACCUGAAAGCCAAGACAGACCUCUGCAACAACUCCUUUCCCAGGGAGGGAAAGCAACUCAUAAAAGAAGCGGUGUGACUUUGACUAAGAUGAAAACAGGAGCUCAGAGUGACUUAGAUCAGCUGCUCUAUGGACAAGCUGUUCCUGAUAUAGGUGCUCCAUGCAGCAUGUGGUAGGUAAAUUUGUAGAGUGCCUUGGUUAAGCUGGCUGUUCAGGUGGUAGAGUACUUGCUCACUUUUUGCAGAUCUGUUUCUGCAAGAUCAGGCAGUUGAACUGGCUCACAUUGCAGCCCUUGGAUUGCUAAAUCUGACUCGCGGGAAGUGGAGGGAGGUUGUCCUUCUCUCUCAGAGUAGGAGAGGACUGCCCCCUUUCGGCAUCAGCUGUUAUCCCUGUGGUAAAAGAGGCAUGGAGAUUCAGAAGUGGUGGCUCUGUGCGAAACGGGAGGAUGUUAUCCCUUCCACACGCUCAUUUCCCUCAGGUUCAAGUGGAACAAGGUUUCUGAGACAGUGAGUCAGAUGAGAAGGUUGGUGCUUUUUUCUCAGUCUUUUUUUUAACUAUACCUAGAAACAAUGUAAGAUAGCAUUAACAAAACACCUGCCUGUGUGUUUGUCCAAGUGCAGAGUGGGAAGGAAUGUGUGCAUCUGUCUGGGUGAGAAGAUAUCUGUGUACCUGGUAGCAUGAACACCUUCUGCACUUCUGUGCUUGCACACAGGUUGGUAGGCUUGUGUCUACCUGAUGAUCUCUUUCUGAAUGAUUUGUUGGAUCUGAUCUAACUACAGAUGGGAGUGUGUAUGUGUACAUGUGUGUGCAUAUAUAUAUAUUUAGCAACUGUUGAAUAACUUCACACUACUUCCUGGGCUACAUUCUGUGAUUGCUGCCUGGGUGUGAGAGCCAUUUGGUACUAUCUCCAGGCUAGCACCAUCACUUUUCUCAUGGGUAUUACACUGGGUGAAGUAUAAAUAGCAAAAAUCAAUUAGCUUGCAUCAGGUGCAGGCUAACUUUUAAUGUGGACUGGUUUUAGUCUCUCAUCCAUUGGCCAGAAAGAAACUUUCUACUGUAAAUACACUAAGUGCUCUUAAUUAAAAUGUGUAUUUUUACCUCUGCCUCCGUUCUGGUUUCUCCAUAU